AUGGCCAAAGUCCAGGUCGGCUUCGGCGCACAUCUCCCGAAGGGCUGCGUGACUCCCACCAUCGCCGCUUACCCGGCAGCCCAGAGGGCCAGGAGGAGUGCUUAUACUUACUUGAGUAUCGCUGCUAUUACUACAAACUUGAACAUAAGUGCUAUGCAGCAAACAGACGCCGGGUGGAGUAGAGAGACCCUGGACGAGGCCAUUGGCAGCGGGUCUCUCGACUGUGUUCUUCAUUGGAUCGGUACAACACCGAGCAAUAGCGCAGCAGCAGAAGAUGCUGACCGGGUCUCAUCAACAAAGGCUCGCGAUAUCCUCAUUGCGCGUGCUCAAGACCCAUUAGUCAUUCAAGGCAUCAGCUCAGUCCUAUCCAAGCCCGUCAAUUCCAGCGGUGACUUUUACACUGCCUGCGCCGGUCUCGACAGCAUCCUUAGCGAUCUUCCCCUCGCAACAUUGCGACUCUACAGGUCCGGCAUAGAGGCUCUGGCUGCCAAUACCGCAUACAGUCCUUCAGGGGUUUCCCUGCCGUCUUUGACAAACCGGGCAAAAGAUGCAAUCAAGUUCAUCGACUUCCCCGAGUUGACAUGGGCGCCCGAGCACAAGAUGGACUACAUGGCAGAGCGAAGUCUUUCUGAGAGAGUACAUACGGCGCAACAGAUGAAGCCCCAUGCCAGGGAUCUGCUCGGCUGGCUUGCCGACUACAACUGGCCGCCUUAUUCGGGCUGUGUGAAGCAGCUGGCUCGCUUUCCCGAAGUGGCAGUUGACCCGAUCAAGGAGAUUAUCGCAGACUACCGAGAUGAUGAUCCAGAGUGGCUGCUGCAUCUUCUCGAUUUUGUAAGAGAGAGUGUGCCUGUUGGGGUGCUGUGGGAGAAGCUGGAGCCUGAGCUAUUGUUGCUGGCCAGCUCCGAGGCAAGUGACGAGGCAAGUGACGAAGAGAAUCGUGAUCUUGUUGAAGCUGCCCAAAGUAUGCUUGGGCAGCUGAAUGAAUGGAAAAGGGAACAGAAUGGUAACGAAUAA